AUGUCGACCCUCCGGCCCUCGAAUCGGCCGUCGAGCCUGCGCUCCACCACCAAUUCGGAGAGCGGCUCGAUCGACCCUAUCCGCGAAGAGAUCGUCUCGAACGACGGCAGCAUCACCGCUCCACCCACCGAGACCUCCUCUCUCCUCCCCUCCCGCUCACCUCACCACCAUGCACAUCACGCCCAUUCGCGGAAGAGCAAACCCAAAUCCAUCCUCCACUCGAUCCUCGUGCUCUUUGCCAUCUUUGUCUUUGCCAUCGCCAUCUCGAUCGUCCUUAAAAAUCUUCUUGGCGAAUUCGAUGAUUCACCCGUGACCUCGCCAGGGACGGACCCACGCGGUCGACGACACCCCGCGAUCCUCGCCACGGGCCGCAAAGCGGGCGUUGCAACGGAAAACGAGGUGUGCAGUCGCAUCGGUAUGGAUAUCUUGCUCGAGAAGGGCACGGCGGUGGAUGCAGCGGUGGCAUCGACGUUGUGCGUUGGAGUGCUGAAUAUGUUUUCCUCCGGAAUCGGCGGUGGGGGGUUCAUGAUCGUUCGUGACCCCACGCCAUGUUUCAUCCACAAGAAGGAGGGGUGUGUGGAGCAUACGACGAUUGAUUUCCGCGAAACAGCCCCAGCAGCGGCGAACAAGACCAUGUACAUGGGGCGCGUGCCUCGUGCCCAAUUCGGUGGGUUGGCCGUCGGCGUGCCGGGCGAACUGCGCGGGUUGCAAGAGGCACACAAACGAUACGGUCGUCUACGGUGGAAGCGAUUGGUGCAACCGUCGAUCGAACUGGCGAAAAGUGCGACCGUGUCGAAGGAGCUCGCGAGGAGGUUGGGGUACUUUGGCGGGUUUAUGCUGGACGAUCCGGUGUGGCGCGCCAUCUUUGUUGACGAAGAGACGGGGGAGGUGAAGAAGGAAGGCGAUACGUUUCAUCGUACCGCCUACGCACGCACGUUGCAGACCAUCGCGGAUCACGGACCGGAUGCAUUCUAUACGGGCGAGAUCGCCGAGAGCCUCGUGCGCACCACACAGGAGAACGGAGGCAUUUUGACAAUGCAAGAUCUGGCCGACUAUCAGGUGGUUGUUCGCCCAGCACUGGAAGGCUCGUGGAUGGGCAAAAAGGUGUACACCACCCACGCACCCACUUCCGGUCCGAUCCUGCUCAGCGUGCUCAACAUGCUCUCUCUCAUCCCCGACUUUGUCUCCACGCCAGAGGCGACGAGUCUCAACAUCCACCGUUUCGUCGAGACGCUCAAGUUCGGAUUUGGCCAACGAACCGAGCUUGCCGAUCCGGCCUUUAUGACCGGUCCCGAGCUCGAUCGCAUGUCCGAUAUCCCCACUCUCAGCGAAGCAGAGCGCCUAGUCCCCAACAUCACCGACGACCGAACCCAUCCGUUGGACUACUACCAUCCCAAAUUCGACAUCAUCAACGACCACGGUACCAUGCAUCUCUCGAUCCUCGACUCGUCCGGGAUGGCCAUCGCCCUCACGUCCACCGUCAACCUCAUCUUUGGUUCGCGCGUCAUGGAUCCUUCCACUGGAGUGAUCCUGAAUGACGAAAUGGACGAUACGUCGACGCCGGGUGUUCCCAACGCAUUCGGUCUCGCACCUUCUCCCUACAACUAUCCCGAGCCUCGCAAGAGACCGCUCUCCUCCACCUGCCCGACCAUCGUCGAGAACGAAAAGGGCGACGUCGAUCUGGUCCUCGGCGGCAGCGGUGGCAGUCGCAUCUUCAGCAGUGUGCUACAGACCAUGUUCAACUUUUAUCUGUGGGGUAUGGAUUUGAGCCAGGCGAUCGAGGCGCCCAGGGUACACCACCAAUUGCUGCCGACCCAGUUGAGCGUCGAGACAGGGUACAGCAAUAAGACGCUGGCGGGGUUGUUGGGGAGAGGGCACGAGGUGAGCUGGUUGGACAUCGAUUUGGGGGUGGCCGAGGUGCAGGCGGUUGCAGUGGGCGGUGAGGGGAGGUGGAGGAGGGUUUGGGCGAGCAGUGACUCGAGGAAGGGUGGGGUAGCGGUUGCUGUGUAG